AUUAUUUUUUUUUUUGGCAGAAGAAAGGGGUUGGGAGGGGGGGCGACCCGGCGUGGCUACUUUUUUUUGGGCGUGACCAUAGGGCCCCCAACAACUUUUCCAUUAUUUAUUGGGAGGCUAGGGCAUACCUCAUUCCUUGCUUCUCAUGCUAGCAUUGGCGACAAACAAUCGACCAUGGUCUUUGAUUGGUGUGCCGUUGCUUCAACCGCACUUCUGAUUUUUUGGGUUGAUUUGUAUUGUCCUUGAUCUUGGCUUGGGAGCAGUCACAGGCUUUCUUCUUGUUGGAUGUAUUGUGGAUGCAGGGGAUCUUUUUGUGGAGAUCGGUGGAAGAUGGGUUCAACAGCAAAGAAGGCCUCAGAGGUGGCAGCUCUGCUGGAUCUGAAGCCUCACCCAGAAGGGGGUUUCUACUCGGAGACUUUUAGGGACUCCUCCAUCACCCUCUUCAAGUCUCAACUCCCACCCCAGUACAAGAUUGAUCGUCCCGUGAGCACAGCUAUCUACUUCAUGCUGCCAACGGGAAGUGUGUCACACUUCCAUCGCAUACCUUGUGCUGAAACUUGGCACUUUUACCUGGGAGAGCCUCUCACGGUAUUUGAGUUACAUGAUGAUGGCCACAUCGAGUUCACUGUUCUCGGCCCAGAUCUAGAUGCUGGUCACCGACCGCAGUACACUGUGCCACCGAAUGUGUGGUUUGGAUCAUUUCCAACCUUGGAUGUUGAGUCCUUUGCAUCUGAUGGUAGUAUUCUUGUCAAAGCUCCGAAAAGGGACUCUGAGCUGCAUUAUUCUUUGGUUGGCUGCACCUGUGCCCCUGCCUUCCAGUUUGAGGAUUUUGAGUUAGCCACACAUUCUGAGCUGAAGGUCCUUGCUCCCAGUGCUGAACCAUUCCUCGACUACCUCAUCCUUCCCGUCUGAAGAGAAGUUUUACUUUUGAGUGGAUCCGUGAGCUUACUUUUAUCAGUCAGAUACAAUAAUCUAUAUGAGCUAUAAAUUGUGGCCACAGUUUAUUCCAAGAUGAAAUGGCUUUUGUCCUGUAGAAUAGAACUAAUAGAACUGGGUAUUGAGUGGCCACAGUGGCUUGACACUUUCUCCAUAAACUAUAUUCUUCUGCACAUUGAAGAGUUUUGAUCAAGAAUUUCUAGUAAAUAAAAUCUGGAUUUAAGUGGUUUAGAG